UAUAAAUAGAGAGCGUAGGUUUCUUUGCUUUGUUGUUGUUGUUUUUUAUUUUUUGUUUUUUCUCUCUCUCUAGAAUUCGGCCAUGGAUUUGAAAUCGAAGGAGGUGAAAGUGACGGCGAAAGCUGUGGUGUCCGGUAAGGAGGAGAUCGGCGUCGUUUCGCGCGUUGUAGAUAGCGGUAGGAUUUCGGUUACGAUUCCGGUCUCCGUCCCCGCGAAACUGGUGUCGGUGGGGCCGUCAUUUGCUCCUGCGCGGCUCGACGAUCCCGUGCAACUGCUGCUUCAGAAUUACUCGAAUUUCAAGCGGAGCGGAGAACCGGCCCGGUUCAUGCGAUACGUUGAGGAAUCGUGGGUGGACGUUGAGACGGAGGUUUUUGAGGCGGUGAAAGCGGGGUUUUCGAAGGGCGUUUCGUCUGUGGAGACUGAGAUUGGAGGCUCGAAAUGUGUUAUCGACUUGCACCGAAUGAUCGAAGUCAAUCUGGACACUGGGGCUUUCCGAUCGGUUGCGUGGAUUGAUGUGAACGGUAUGUGCUUUUUCCCCAAGUCUCUCGUUUGCUCCCAUGACGGUGAAAAUGGUUUGGUUAAUUUGGGCGAGGACCCAAAGAAUGAAGUUGUUGGGAAUGCCAAUGAGAGCCAGUGCUUGGUGCAACAGAAACUUGAAAUUGAGAUUAGCUUUACUGAUGAGAAACAUAAUCUAGCUUUUCAACUCUAGAGAUAUUUUACUGUAGAAGUGAAAAACUUCCCUGUUUUCUUUGUUGUAGUGCAACAUUUGAACUUCUUUACUUGUGUAUUUGAAACUUGAAAGUUCUCUCUCCCGACUUAUUU